AUGGAGAGCUUGAAUUCAGUUGUAGGCAGCAAUGAACAAAUAAAGGAACCACAUGUUAUAAAUGCAUCGGAUAGUGAUUUUGGGGAAGAUGGAAUGGACGAAGUUAGCUCGAUUCCUUUUCAAUCACCAGGUGGUGAGGGUGGUAUAGAGUUUUACCGAGAGUAUGGACAUAAAAGUGGGUUUGAGAUCAGACGGCAUACAGAAAAGAAACAUGAGGGCGGUACAGUUCUUCUUAAACACAUUCUUUACAGUAGAGCUGGCAGUAAUGAAUCAAAGAUGGAUGUUGAUUUUGAGGAUUUUAGUAGCAUUUCGAAAAAGAGAAGGAGAACUGUAUCUAGUAGAUGUGGUUGCAAAGCUAAAGUCAUUUUUAAGUUCGAUGGUUUGAAAGGAUAUAAUGUUCUCUCAUUCGUUGAAGAGCAUUCUCAUUUUUUGGCCUCCGGUAGUGGGAAACAAUUUUUGAAGUCAAAUAGAGUUCUCGGUCUCGCACAUAAGAAACUUAGUAGGGAUGUGAAGCUUUAUAUUGGUGAUCGAGAUGCUCAAAUGAUCAUCGAGAAGUUUACGGAUAAGAAGGAGAUGUGUGAUGGAUUUUUCUAUGAUUAUGCAGUCGAUGAAGGGGGUCGAUUAACUCGCAUUUUUUGGGCAGAUGUUAUUGGACGAAGAAAUUACGAUGUAUUUGGAGAUGUUAUAUCAUUUGACUCUACAUAUUCCACAAACAAGUACAACAUGAAGUUUGUUCCAUUCACUGGGCUCAACAAUUAUAAGAAGUGUGUUGUAUUUGCAGCAGGAUUGAUAGCUAAAGGGGACAUUGAUAACUAUGUCUGGAUUUUUGAGGUAUUCAUGAAAUGCAUGAUUCACGAGCCAAAGUGUAUUGUUACAGAUCAGUGCCCUGCCAUGAAGCAAGCUAUACCAACCGUCUUUAGAGAAGCACAUCACCGUUUGUGCAUGUGGCACAUCAUGAAGAAAUUUAACCAAAAGUUAGCAAAAUGCAUUUCGAAGAUGGAUGAUUUCAAGAGGAAGGUAAAUGCACUAAUUUGGAGUAUAAAUAUAGAUCCAGCAACAUUUGAAGUAGGUUGGAAAGAUGUUAUGAAAGAAUUUAAGCUUAAAAGUAAUGAAUGGUUGUGUGAACUGUAUAACAUUCGGGAGUCAUGGAUUCCAGUCUAUUAUGCUGAUGAUCCAAUGGCUGGCUUAUUGCAUACUACAUCAAUAUCAGAGAGUGAGAACAGUUUCUUUGACAAAUUCAACCGUAGAUCUGACACAUUGACAGAUUUUAUCUCCGAUACGAGAGUGCUAUGGAUAAGCAAAGGCAUACAAACGCAAGAUUAA